GGAGUAUGAGAAUGCAUGAAGACACAUGAGUUCGUCGCCUUGCCCGGAUGCUUGGAGAUUGAAAGAACAAGAAAUGAAGUUCUGAUCAACGAGCGUUGUUCUACCGAAGGGCAGCAUGUUCUUAAGGAAAGCCGUAAUACCCGAGACGCAUGGCAUUUUGCAACUGCUUGGCUCUCUCACUGUCUCUUUCUCCUUGGACUUGGUGAUUGCGGCCCUCGUUCUCGAUGCACUGAUCACUGUCGGCAUGAGUUUGCCAACAUCUAUCUUAUUUGUUGGGAGGCGGCCGUGUGUCUGAACGUGCUGAAGAUGUAUUUAUGUUGGAUGAAGUUGAGCCUGCCUGCGUUUGCGUGGAUGAGUUGCCGUUUUUGGUUGCAUAUGCUGUAUUGGACCAAAACAUGUCGCCAAAAUUCCCAUUCCCACGGAUUAGGUUCGUAUAGGGGGUGUUGGAGUUGUCCAUGGUGUGCGAAGAGGGCAGUAUGUGAUGCUGAGAGCUCGUGAAAUACGAUGACUUUACGAGAGACUAUAGAAGCUGGUGAGUCCUCAAACACGCUGCCGAACACCGCAUUCUCGAGCUUAUGUAUUUCUGUUCAUGCAGGCAUUUAGAAUGACAAAGCCUGUCUGUGCCACCAAAUGAACAAUCGCUCAGGCUGGCGGCUGGGUCAUUUCGCUCAAUGAUCCUCGCUAGCCUGGUUAAUCACCAGAAUGGUCUCAAUGGGAUUCCAUUCAAUGCUGAUUGCACAUGGCGUGGGUAGUGAAGUUGGCGCGGUUGAGGCCAUUUCGAUGGUCUACACGUCAAGCAGGCUUCCAUCACUACCUGAAAUCUCACCCUGGUGGCGACAUGCUUGCCUUGAACGAGACAAACAUAUUGGUAUACGGAGAAAUGGCCUCAAUCACUGCCCAUUGAGCUUGACAGCCGUCGUGUCUACCCCAAGCCGUUCAUGGUGGCCGGAACUAAGGACAUCCAAAUACUAGGGAUAGUACUCCCGAAGGGCCGGAUUGCGCGGCUGAAAACGCCACGGCGUUACGUUCCCCUGGUCCCCGCCAUCUCCAGAACUUUCAGCUCUCAUCCUUCUCGUCUUUUCCCUCGCUUUCAUCUCAUCUGUGGUUUCGCCGCGAGCUCCGCAUUUACAUGGGCAUCCUUUAGGGUGGCGAACUUCACAUGUUAAACGCCACCUGUAUAGAGUUCAGGUGGCGCAAUUCUAGGAGCAACUCUGCGUCUAAUACAGUACACUGACAAUGUGCUGGAAACCCCUCCCUUCACCAAGCCUAUUUCUGUCAGC